AUGCCUUCUCAAUUCGAUACUAUAGCAGGUCGGUACAAUGAUGUGAAAAAUACACCUAUCGGCACAAUGCUGCAGGCAACGGUGAAUUCGAUUGUUGGAGACGUCGAAGGCUGCCGAGUGUUAGAUCUUGCUUGUGGAACGGGUCACCACUCCAGAAGACUCCUUGAGCGGGGGGCUAAGGAAGUUGUCGGUCUAGACCAGUCUGAAGGAAUGAUUGCCAAAGCUCGCGAGCUGUCUGAAGGCGACAAGCGUCUUAGGUUCCGCGUUGCAGACUGCAGAGAGCCUUUUGACGAAGGGGAAUUUGAUUUGGUCCUCGCCGCACUAUUGCUCAAUUAUGCUAGCAACGAAAAAGAGCUGCUAGGUAUGUGGCAGAAUAUCGCAAAUAGCAUGAAACCAGGCGGAAGAUGCGCCGGGGUGGUCCCAACCCCUAGUGCUAAAGGAUACCCUCGCGAAUACUCAAAAUAUGGCAUCGACAUAAAACAGCUCGAGCCUGUAGAAGGAGGCUUUAUAUAUAAGACAUCUUUUAUGACCGAUCCGCUGAACACAUUCGAAACGUAUUUCCGGGAAGAGAGCGUUUUUGGACAAGGAGCGGCAAAAGUAGGACUUUGCAACCUGAAAUGGCACACCACUACGGAUCCCAAGGAUCCGCGAUUUGAUUAUCAAGAGUAUCAGCAGGCACCGAUUUUCAGCGCAUUCACGGCGACAAAGCGCCCAUCAGACUAG